AUGGUUGAAGAUACCCCGGAGUCUUGGGACUUGAAGUGCGUUGCGUCGACGGGCGACACAGGAGACUAUUUCCACCAUCCUGGAAACGUAUUUCUGAAGCAAAAUCUAGCUGACUGUGGAGAGCCUAACAAGGUAGAACAGACCGCUUCAAAUUACUUUACAUCUGCAGACUGGGCCGCAGACGGGACCACUAUCAUCACAAACUCUGCAGACAACCACCUUCGAACUUUCGUACUAGGCUGUGAGGCUCACCUCUUGAGUAGGCCUCCUAAUUUGCUCGAGAAAAGCGCCCUCCCUCAUACAGUCACUGCUUACCAUACUAUUGCUUCCAAAGAACCCGUCUAUUCAGUCGCUCUUUAUCCAUUUUUCUCACUCCAAGAUACCUCGACGGCAAUAAUUCUAUCAUCAAUUCGGGAUCACCCUAUUAGAUUAAAUUCGGCACUGUACCCGGGACAAGUCGCAUCGUACAGCCUGAUAUCUCCUACAACAGAAGCUUUCAUCACUCCGCAUAGCAUACUCUAUCCUACGAGUUUUAAUGGUACCCAUUUCCUCACUGGGUCCGACAGCCUGAUUUGUUUAUUUGACAUAUCACGUCCCGGGAAAGACGGUCCAAUCUCAAGAAUGCCUACCAUCCCUAGCAAGCGAAACAAAAAGGUUGGAGGGGGAGUUGGGAUGAAAGGAAUCAUUUCGACCCUAGCUGAUAACCCUUCUGGCGACGGUAUAGUCGCAGCAGGCACGUUCACGAGACAUAUUGGCCUCUAUGCUGCACAUGGUACUGGCGAAACUAUUGCGACAUUUAGCGUUGGAAGCACUGAAGCAGAGCGGCGAAUUGGAGGGAAAGGUAUUACCCAAGUUCUCUGGAGCCCCUGCGGCAGGUACUUGUAUGUCUCGGAAAGGAAAAGCGAUGGAAUGUUGAUAUAUGAUAUUCGAGUCACUGGCAAACUAGUUGCUUGGUUGAGCGGCAGGAAAGCGAUGACCAACCAGCGAUUGAAAGCCGAUAUUACUAAUGGCAAUAAUCCGAUGAGUCAUGAGAUUUGGGCUGGUGGCACGGAUGGAUUUAUCCGCAUGUGGGAAAGCCCGACAAAUUUUGAAGGAGAAAUUCACCCGACUUGGGAACGGAAAAUUCAUGACGGUAAAUACCUCCCUUUAUUUUCGCAAAUAAAGCUAAUAAUGCUUCGAGACCCCAUCUCGAGUGCGGUUUUUCACCAAACAGGGACUAUUUUGGCGACUUGUUCAGGUCAAAAACGUUAUCUCCAAGAGGAUGAUGGCGGAGAGGAAGCUGAUGAGAACGGGGGCUCCGAUUCCCCUCUGUCCUACUUCCCGCCCUAUAAAAUCGAUAAUAGUCUAAAGAUAUGGCAGUUAUAG